GGCACAAUCCAAAAAAAAUGGUGGAAAUGAAACAGAAGAUUAUUCACACACACAUAUAAAAAAAAAAUAGUCCUCAUGUCAAAAAGGAGCAUUUCCAUUUCCAGAUAUACUCAAUGACGUUUCUCUGUAGAUCCACUACGCAACUUUGACUCUGUGCCAUUACCAUGGAUACUGAAGUGAUCCAUUCUGAUUGGCUGCUUUUAAUGUCACAGGUCAAAAGAGGAUACUUGAUUUGACCUGUGCUAAAUAUUUAAGUCAAUUUUUUUUUAUAUUUACCACAUGAUUUAGAGAAGCCUUGAUGUGAACUACCGAACAUGUGACUUGUGUGUGUGUGUGUGUGUGUGUGUGUGUGUGUGUGUGUGUGUGUGUGUGAUGACACACUACCUGACCUCUCAGGUUUCAGUCAGGGAGGCAAAGCAAGGCGAGGCCAGAAGACACCAGACAGACAGUUAGAGCGACAGACAGACAGGCUGACAGAGAGAGAGAGAGAGAGAGAGAGAGAGAGAGUCACACAGAAAAACACAGGUUGACCGACAGGUGGACGGACAAGUAGACAGGUAGAGAGACAGACAGGCUGCUGGGAGUUUUUGAAGGAUUUAUUUUGGAAUAACGGACAGAAGCAGGUGGUAGUUGCUCGGUGAAGGCGGGGUUCAGGCAGAGCUGCAUGAUGCCAGAAUGGCACCUCUGCUGCCCCCUGUUGGUUCAGAAGUCUUCAGACGGCUCACACCGGCCUCGUUGGAGGAAAUCCAGCGAAGACAUGAGGCGGAGGAGAAGGAGCAACAGAGGAGGAAGGAGAAAAACAUAGAGAUAGCAGAAGAAAAUCUUCCUAAACCUGCCAGUGACCUUGAGGCUGGGAAGCCCCUCCCAUUCAUCUAUGGAGAGCCAUCCUCUGAUCUUCUCAACACCCCAUUGGAGGAGCUGGAUCCCUUCUACCAAUCACAGAUGACCUUUAUCGUGCUCGGCAAAGGAAACGUCAUCUUCAGAUUCAAUGCUGAGCCGGCCUGUUACCUGCUGACUCCGUUCAACCCACUGAGGCAAAUCGCCAUCAAAGUCCUCAUUCACUCUUUAUUCAGUAUGUUCAUCAUGGUGACCAUUCUGGCAAACUGCGCGUUCAUGACGUUGAGCGACCCUCCACCCUGGAGCAAGACUGUGGAAUAUGUAUUUACAUUCAUCUACACGUUUGAAGCUGCAAUCAAAGUUCUGUCACGAGGAUUCUGUCGCGGAGGGUUCACUUUCCUGAAAGACCCCUGGAACUGGCUGGACUUCAUGGUCAUCAGCAUGGCGUACCUGACAGAGUUUGUAGAUUUGGGAAACGUUUCUGUGUUGAGGACGUUCAGAGUUCUUCGAGCUCUGAAGACCAUCACAGUCAUCCCUGGUCUGAAGACGAUUGUCGGAGCUCUCAUCCAGUCCGUGAAGAAGCUGGCUGAUGUCAUGAUCUUGACAGUGUUCUGCCUCAGCGUCUUCGCUCUGAUUGGUCUGCAGCUCUUCAUGGGAAACCUGCGGCAGAAAUGUGUCCUGAUACCACCCAUGCUUCUUGGCAACCAAACGUCUGACGUUGAUCUUGACACUGGAUACCAUGCCAAUGAUACCUAUGGCAACCAUACCCAUGGCAAUGAUACAGACUUAAAAUUCUACGAGCACAUAAACAACCCAGACAACUACUACCACGUUCCUGGCCAGGUUGAUGCUCUGCUGUGUGGAAACAGCUCUGAUGCCGGGUCCUGUCCAGAGGGUUACAUGUGUCUGAAGGCAGGCAGAAAUCCAAAUUAUGGCUACACCAGCUACGACUCGUUUGGAUGGGCAUACCUGUCACUCUUCAGAUUGAUGACUCAGGACUUCUGGGAAAACCUCUUCCAGCUGACUCUGCGAGCAGCAGGUAAAACCUACAUGAUAUUCUUUAUAAUCGUCAUCUUCCUCGGCUCAUUCUACCUCAUUAACCUCAUCCUGGCGGUGGUUGCCAUGGCGUACGCUGAGCAGAAUGAGGCCACCAUGGCAGAGGCCAAACAGAAGGAAGAGGAGUACGCUCAGAUCCUGGAGGCGCUGAAGAAGAGAGAGGAAGAGGUUGAUCUAAAGGAUGAUGUAACAAACAACUUCAACGUUUAAUUAACCAAACUAGCGGGCCAACGUUUGUUCUUUCCCUUACAGCAGGCGGCCUGCAGGGCAGAGCUGGCUGAGAAAGAAGCGAGAAGGAAUUCAUCUGGAGAAAUAAUUAGCCAGGAGCAAGAUCAUACUGCCAUGGGUGACUUUGAGGAAGACCAGCGUCCCUGUCCACCAUGUUGGUAUGCCUUCGCCAAUAUCUUCCUGAAAUGGGAUUGCUGUGGCUGUUGGCGGUGGCUCAAAGGGUGGCUCUACAUCAUUGUCAUGGACCCAUUUGUGGACCUUGGCAUCACCAUCUGCAUCGUCCUCAACACCGUCUUCAUGGCCAUGGAGCAUUAUCCAAUGACGGAAGAGUUUGAGAAUGUUCUGAGCAUUGGAAAUCUGGUCUUCACAGGGAUCUUCACUGCUGAGAUGGUCCUCAAACUUUUGGCCAUGGACCCGUACUACUACUUCCAGGUGGGCUGGAACAUCUUUGACAGCAUCAUCGUCACCAUGAGUCUGGUAGAGUUGGGAUUGGCGGAUGUUCAAGGCCUGUCUGUGCUGCGCUCCUUCAGAUUGAUGCGAGUGUUCAAGCUGGCCAAGUCGUGGCCGACCCUCAACAUGUUGAUAAAGAUCAUCGGAAACUCCGUGGGCGCUCUGGGGAACCUGACUCUGGUUCUGGCCAUCAUUGUCUUCAUCUUUGCGGUUGUCGGCAUGCAGCUGUUUGGAAAGAACUACAAAGACUGCGUGUGUCGGAUCUCAGAAGAUUGCGUGCUUCCUCGGUGGCACAUGUUCGAUUUUUUCCAUGCCUUCCUCAUCAUCUUCCGGGUCCUGUGUGGAGAGUGGAUAGAGACCAUGUGGGACUGCAUGGAGGUCUCUGGUCAGGCCAUGUGUCUAAUCGUCUUCAUGAUGGUUCUUGUCAUUGGAAACCUGGUGGUUCUGAAUCUUUUCCUGGCCUUGUUGCUGAGUUCAUUCAGUGGUGAUAAUCUGGCAGCUCCUGAAGAAGAAGGAGAAAACAACUUGCAGAUUGCCAUAAACAGAAUCAAUCGUGCUGUUGCCUGGACAAAGACCUGGAUCAUAGAACAUAUAUGGCUUCUAAUUGGAAAGAAAGACCACGUAAACCCAAGCCAAAAUGCUGCUGUCAGCAGUGAGGAGGAUAACAACUCUACAUCAAAGGAAGUCCUGGCGUUGACUUAUGUGCCCUCAGACCAGAGUGUGUCAGAUGUCAAUGCCCCCAACUAUAAACAUGGAAACCUGAGCAGUAACUACCACAACAUUGCUUCCCUGAGGGUCCCCAUAGCUGAGGCCGAGUCCGACUUUGAGACCCCUGAUAACGAUGAGGAUGAGGAGGAUGAGGAUGAAGAUGAGGAAGAGGAAGAGGAAGAAGAGACAGAAAAGAACAUGGAAAAACACUCCCAAGGUGAUGAGUCAUCGAUUUGCAGCACCGUACAGAAACUUCCCGAUGUCCAGGAGGAUGAAGAGGAUAUGGAUCAAGAUUUAGGCGCACCUGUGGACUGCCUCACCGACAAAUGGUACCAACGCUGUCCAUGUCUGGACAUAGACACGUCCCAGGGUAAAGGAAAGAUGUGGUCUAACUUAAGGAGGACAUGUUUCUCCAUCGUGGAGCACAACUACUUUGAGACCUUUAUCAUCUUCAUGAUCCUGAUGAGCAGUGGAGCUCUGGCCUUUGAGGACAUUCACUUGGAGCAACGUCGGGCCAUAAAGAUCAUCCUGGAGUAUGCUGACCAGGUGUUUACCUACGUGUUCGUGGUGGAGAUGAUUCUCAAGUGGGUUGCCUAUGGAUUCAAGACUUACUUCACCAACGCCUGGUGCUGGCUCGACUUUCUCAUCGUAGACGUGUCUCUGAUAUCUCUGACGGCAAACAUCCUGGGAUACUCUGACCUGGGAGCCAUAAAGUCGUUAAGGACUCUGAGAGCUCUGAGGCCCCUGAGGGCCCUGUCUCGCUUUGAGGGCAUGAGGGUGGUUGUGAACGCCCUGGUUGGAGCCAUCCCAUCCAUUUUUAAUGUCCUCCUGGUGUGUCUGAUCUUCUGGCUGAUCUUCAGCAUCAUGGGAGUAAAUUUGUUCGCGGGUAAGUAUUAUUACUGUUUUAAUGAGACGUCUGAGGAGAUGUUCCUCCCAGAAGAAGUCAACAACAAGACGGAGUGUCUGAACCUCAUGGCCGAAAACUUCACCGAGGUCCGCUGGAGGAACAUUAAAGUCAACUAUGACAACGUGGGGAUGGGAUACCUAUCGCUGUUACAAGUGGCCACAUUUAAAGGCUGGAUGGAUAUUAUGUAUGCUGCUGUGGACUCCAGAAAUGUGGAGGAUCAGCCGAUGUAUGAGGCCAAUUUGUACAUGUACGUUUACUUUGUCUGCUUCAUCAUCUUCGGCUCCUUCUUCACCCUUAACCUCUUCAUCGGAGUCAUCAUUGACAACUUCAACCAGCAGAAAGCUAAGAUGGGGGGAACAGAUCUUUUCAUGACUGAAGAGCAGAAGAAAUAUUACAAUGCGAUGAAAAAACUAGGCUCCAAAAAACCACAGAAACCAGUUCCACGACCGGUGAAUAAGUUCCAAGGUCUGGUCUUUGACCUGGUCACCCAGCAGAUUUUUGACAUCUUCAUCAUGGUGUUGAUCUGCCUCAACAUGGUGACCAUGAUGGUGGAGACGGAUGAGCAGAGCGCAGAGAAAGAAAACCUCCUGUACUGGAUUAACCUGGUCUUCAUCGUCGUCUUCACCGGAGAGUGUAGUCUAAAGAUCAUUGCGCUCCGGCAGCACUACUUUGCCAUUGGCUGGAACAUAUUCGACUUUGUUGUCGUGAUCCUCUCCAUCGUUGGACUCCUCCUUGCUGACAUCAUAGAGAAGUAUUUUGUUUCACCCACACUCUUUCGUGUGAUCCGAUUGGCUCGUAUUGGCCGAGUUCUCCGUCUCAUUCGUGGAGCCAAGGGAAUCCGCACUCUGCUAUUUGCCCUGAUGAUGUCACUUCCUGCCCUCUUUAAUAUCGGCCUCCUCCUCUUCCUCAUAAUGUUCAUCUUCUCCAUCUUUGGCAUGUCCAACUUUGCCUACGUCAAGAAGGAGGGAAUGAUGGACGACAUGUUCAACUUUGAGACUUUUGGGAACAGCAUGAUCUGUUUGUUUAUGAUUACAACAUCAGCUGGUUGGGACGGUCUGCUGAACCCCAUCAUGAACACGCCGCCGGACUGUGAACCCAACGUAGAGAACCCCGGAUCCCCAGUCAGGGGGAACUGUGGCAGCCCGGCAAUCGGCAUCGUCUUCUUCACAACCUACAUCAUCAUGUCUUUCUUGGUGGUGGUCAACAUGUACAUCGCCAUCAUCCUGGAGAACUUUAAUGUAGCCACUGAGGAGAGCGCGGACCCACUGUGCGAGGACGACUUUGAAAUGUUCUAUGAAACCUGGGAGAAGUUUGACCCAGACGCUUCCCAGUUCAUCCAAUACAGUAAGCUGUCGGACUUCUGUGACACUCUGAAGGAUCCUCUCAGGAUUCCCAAACCAAACACAAUCCAACUGAUCCACAUGGAUCUGCCUCUUGUUCCUGGAGACAAAAUUCACUGUCUGGACAUCCUGUUGGCCCUCACUGCACAGGUUUUGGGGGAUGCAGGCGGGAUGGAUGCCCUCAAAGCCAGUAUGGAGGAAAAGUUCAUGGCCAACAACCCCUCCAAGGUGUCAUAUGAACCAAUCAGCAGCACUCUGCGGAGGAAACAGGAGGAGGUGGCAGCAAGUGUGAUCCAGAGAGCAUACAGGAAACAUCUCCUCCAGAGAACAAUCAAAAUUGCGUCCUACAAAUACCGAGAGAAGCAGGAGGGAAGAAGAGGUAAGGAGUUGCCACCUGAGACAGAAGGACUACUCUGUAAACGAAUCAGUCAGCUAUACGGAGACAAGGAGGAGACAGAAGAGCCUGGUGUUUCAGGCAUUUCACGUGCAGAUUCUCCUGCCCGGGUGGAGCUGCAGAGCGAGUUUCUCCUUCACGCUGCUCCUCCCCUCAGAGUCCCUGACUUCCUCCGAGAUGAGGACCUGAAGGAGUCUAUUGUUUGAUGAUAGCCAAAGCUUGUGAGGUGUUCACUGCGGGAGGAAUGAGGACUCAGCAGAGCGACAGAUCGCAGCAGAGACGACUGUGUGUCUGAUAAGUGGAUGCGGCAGAUUGACUGUUAGUGACGAUUAAAAUCUGCUACAAGUUUAUUAAAACUGUCUUUGGAUA